GUGGUGGGUGUUCCUGCAGGAGCGGACUAGCCGACUGAGUGAUGCUCCUGUGUCCUGUCGCCCCGCUACUCCCAACCAUUGUACGCUAGACUUGCAGGCCCGAUGUCAUCUCUGUUGCUGCGCCUUGGCCGACAGAUGAUCAUCGACGACGUCUGAAUUAAAAAUCGCAUAUUGUUCCUUGCCAUUGUGCGUCUGAGCCAGUCCCGCCUGUCCGUUGAAAUUGGCCUCCUUUCCGCUUGACAUUUUGGGCUUUGCACUCCUUCUCACUUGCCACUGCUCCCUGUCACUGCCGCACCACAUCGCCCUGCCCAGCGAUCAUAACUCAUCCCGCAUCUCGACUGGCAUCGGAUCUGUCCACUCAUCACCGCCCAUCAUGGUGACGCAAACGAUGACUACGCAGCGGGACAGUGCCGAGUCCAUGCUUCGCGUCUGUGCCGAAAUCGUAACCAGUCUCAUUGCCGCCCACGAAUCACACACGCCAAUCUCCCUGACUGCUCUGCGCCAGCAGGCAUGUAAGAAGCAUCAACACAAGGGUGUCCCCCGCUUGACCGAUAUCAUCGCCUCCAUUCCCGAUGCCUACCGGCCCAUCCUCCUACCGGCGCUCAGGGCAAAGCCCAUCCGGUCCGCGAGCGGAAUCGCAGUCGUGGCAGUGAUGUGCAAGCCGCACAGAUGCCCCCAUAUUGCAAUGACGGGCAACGUCUGCGUCUACUGUCCCGGUGGACCCGACUCGGACUUUGAGUAUUCGACGCAGUCCUACACUGGGUAUGAGCCUACCUCCAUGCGAGCCAUUCGCGCUAGGUACGACCCUUACGAGCAAUCGAGGGGCAGAGUAGCUCAGCUCAGAGAGCUGGGACAUAGUGUGGACAAAGUCGAGUAUAUCAUCAUGGGUGGAACAUUCAUGAGUCUUUCAGAAGACUAUCGGAACCAGUUCGUUGCGCAGCUGCACAAUGCCCUCAGUGGAUACACCGGCCUAGACGUGGAUGAGGCAGUGAGGUACUCUGAGCGCUCUCCGACCAAAUGCAUCGGCAUUACAAUCGAGACGAGGCCGGACUACUGCCUGCCGAAACAUCUGGGACAGCUGCUAAGGUAUGGAUGUACGAGGUUGGAGAUUGGUGUACAAAGCGUGUACGAGGAUGUAGCGAGGGAUACAAAUCGUGGGCAUACAGUCAAGGCUACUUGCGAGACGUUUGAAUUGGCGAAGGAGGCUGGGUACAAGGUCGUCACACAUAUGAUGCCCGACCUACCGAACGUCGGCUACGAGCGCGACAUGGAGCAAUUCGUCGAAUUCUUCUCCAAUCCCGCCUUCCGCCCCGAUGGUCUGAAGAUCUACCCUACUCUCGUCAUUCGUGGAACAGGAUUGUACGAGCUCUGGCGUACAGGCAGAUACAAGAACUACUCUCCCUCUUUCCUCGUCGAUCUAGUAGCCCGCAUCCUCGCCCUGGUUCCUCCUUGGACUAGGGUGUACAGAGUGCAGCGCGAUAUUCCCAUGCCCCUCGUCUCUUCUGGCGUAGAGAAUGGAAAUCUUCGAGAGCUAGCACUGCAGCGUAUGAAGGACUUUGGAUUGGAAUGCAAGGACGUCCGCUCUCGAGAGGUCGGCAUUCACGAGAUCCACAACAAGGUCCUUCCGGACGAGGUUGAGUUCAUCAGGAGAGACUACGUGGCCAACGGUGGUUGGGAGACGUUCCUGGCGUACGAAGACCCGAAGAGGGAUAUCCUCGUUGCUCUCCUGCGGUUACGCAAGUGCAAUGCCUCUUCGACCUUCAGGCCCGAAUUGACAGGUCAGCCUACCUCGCUAGUUCGAGAGCUUCACACCUAUGGAACAGCAGUGGGAAUCCACUCGCGGGACCCGACCAAGUUCCAGCACCAGGGUUUCGGUACGCUCCUCAUGGAAUGGGCAGAGAAGAUCUCUAGAGAGGAACACGGUAGUGAAAAGGUUGCCGUGAUCAGUGGAGUUGGGACGAGGGACUACUACCGACGAUUGGGAUAUGAGCUGGAUGGACCUUAUAUGUCCAAGAUGCUCAAUGACGAUGUGGCCUCUGCUUGGAGCGAUGAGGACGAUGAAUGGUAGGGUAGGCCUGCUGCAGCAAACACCUGGAUCGACAUCCCGCGCUCCUCUUCAACUCUGUACUAUCACUCAUCUAAGCGGGCACCUCGACGCACUC